UGCGAGAACGAGUGUUUGUCUCGCAAUGUUAUAUGUGGCAGGCUAUAUUAUAAGCAUAAUGUAAAUAUACGUAUUUUUUAAAGUUUAAUUUAGUACGUCAGUGUUAUUUUCUAUUUACUUUAGACACGUGGCCUACUAUUCAUUAUCAUAGCUUAUGUAAUUCAAUCAUAUGUCACAAUUUUGUUAAUAAUUAUCAGUAGCAUUAACUAUGGCGGAGAAAAAAAUGCGAUUAAUAAAACUGUCCAGUGAUGACUGUAUCCUCUUUGGCCAAGACAUUAGUCCAGAUGGAAGUUUCUUCUUUAGAACACACUUGGAUGCAUUCAAAAGGAUGUGGCAGGAACAGGGAUCAACCUUCUGGUUAAGAUUUCUAAUAACUUACCAAGAUUUCACAUGGAGAUAUGGAUAUACAAAUACUGCAUUGAAUGAUGAGAAAUUUCCUUUUUGUAGAGAAGAUUUCUUGAGAUGUCUGGAUGAAGGAUACAUUCGACUCCAUAAAAACUUUAUUGAAGGACGUACUAGUAAUGCAAAGAACAUAAUGUUUGAUAUAAUAAUGGUGGCAAGACAUCAACAUCUAUUGCCAAAAAUUUCUAAUUCUUCAUUAGUGAAUGAUCCUUUUUACGCAAGAGAAACAAGGGACUCAUUUCGAAAUAUAUUUGGAAAACCUUGUAGUGAUAGAUUGAAACCACCAAUUUGGAAGAUAUUGUUUGCGUUUCAACUGUAUAGUAGGUUUGCUGGCGCCGUGUGUGAAGUUCUUCGACGAUGGUUGGAUAGUCCAGAAAUAACAGAUGAAAGUAAUGUUUCCAUGGACUCUAGUAACUUAUGGACCAUACCUCAAGAGUGGAAACUUCCUGGUUAUAUACCAAAACCAUUUCAAAGAUAUAUAGCGAGAUUUUGGCAAGAAAAGCUGUGCAGCAUGCUGUGGGUGAAGGAUAUACAUAAAACUUUACUGAGUAAAACAUUCAAGGAAAGAACGGAAGAAUAUAUUUUGUACAAUUGGGAAGAAACAUUUCUUACUAAUUCCUCGGUUGAUCAGUCAUUUUCUUUUGAACAUCACUGUAGUAUAUGUGGAUAUAGAUCUUUUACACAUGCACCAACUUACAACUCUCGUAGAAAGUGUGUUGAUUGUACUUUUUCGCACGAACAUUCAGACGUCUUAUUGGAUGGAAGGACUAAUAAUAAAGAGAAAAGAUAUCGUAGUGCAGAUAGAGUUUUAAAGAAAUCUUCGUCUCCUUGGAAUAAAUAUUAUAAAAAUCAGGAAGAGCCAGAAUAUUCAAAUAUUCAAGAUUAUCCCUUCAACUCAAAUUCAUGUGUAGAAGACUUUUUUGAAUUUCUCAAUAGCCCCUGUGCAGUUGCAUUCAAACAUUUAAUUGAAGAAGAGAAACAAGAGAAAAUUGAUGCUGCCGCCAAGUUUUUCUUUGGUUUUGAACAGGCUCAGUCAGUCUAUGAGGAAGAGGAAAUUAGACCUCACAGAAGUAAAAGUAGAUCUAAGUCACGUCACACAGAAACUACCGAAGAGAAGGAGAGAGCCUGGAGAUUAAAACUGUUGAAAAAAGCAGAAAAGAAGUUCCAGAAGGAAAAAGAACUCACUGCUCAAGCCAUGGAGAAAGAGAAGUCUUCAAGUAGAAAAGAACCACCCGAGACAGAAACAAAACAAGAUGACGAAGAUGAUGUAAACCAUUCAUCGUUACAGACUGGGAAAGGAACAGAUACAAUGUGUAAAAAAGAAGAAAUGAAUCAAGAAAAUGUUAUCAAAGGAAAAAGAACCAAGACAAAGAAGAAAAAGAGAAUUCAUUCUGAUUCUGCUACACAAGAUAAUACAAAUAAUGCUUCUGACCAGGUGUCUAUAGAAAAUGACCCAGAUAUUCAACAAGUUUCUGCAGAAUCUUUUACCUCGCAUAAAUCCUUCAAUAGCACCAGUGAAAAGCUUGACCACAUUGAAAGAGAAAUUAAAGAAACAGGUGGUAUUAAUUUUGAAGAAUUCAAACUCAUGCUUGAGAUUGGAAAAGACCUGAUGGGCAAGCCAGAUUCGAGUGAAGUGAAAAAACAGUAUUCUAAGAACCAGGGUGCAAAACUGAAAAAUUUAAGCUCCCGAGAUACUACUGUUCUAGAGAAUGUCAAAUUGAAGACUGGGAAGAAAGUCAUCGGGAUGAACACAAUCGAGCUAUGCCUGAAAAUUCCUAAAUGUUGUACAGUUUCUUCCUAUACAUUCCAGUUUUUAGCGUGGGACUUACCUUACUCAACAGAAACCUCUAGCUUAUGAAAGUGUUAUGGUUUGGAAUUCAAGAACUGGCAAGGAAUAAUCAAACAACCUCCAAUAAAUUGUUCUUCUUAUAAGUAGAAAAUAACGGCCUUAUUCAUCAUCUCAUAAAUGAAUGUAGAUGAGUGGUUUAUAUAUAUUUCUUUAUCUAGUAAGUCACAUCAGAUUUAUCCUUUAUUUUGUGUUCAUUUAAAAACUUUCAGUAGACAGGACUCUUCAGAUUUACAUCUACUACAAUAAUGGGUGAAAGAACUUCAAAAGAUCUUUUAUACGACAUCAGUAGUCCUUGAAAGUUAAAAAAUAGCUAAUAGUGUACAACAUAAUUAUUUAGUACUUUUUUAUUUGAUCAAUGUAAAUUAGCGGUUAUGCUGGUUUAAUGUUUGUCAAGUUUUCAAACACGAGCUAUUGGUAUAUUUUUAAAUCCUCUAAGACUAUUCUCAGCAAUUAAUUGUGGUUCAAAGACCACCUAAUAGUUGAAAUGAUUGAAAAGGUACUUAUAAACUUUACUGUGAAACUUAUAAUAAAACAUUAGGACAAUAAAUGUAUUUAGGAUCUAAUAAAUGUAUAAGAAAUUAAGUAUUAUAACGUAUUAUUAAGUAUUCUAAGACUAUUCUCAACAAUUAAUUGUGGUUCAAAGACCACCUAAUAGUUGAAAUGAUUGAAAAGGUACAUAUAAACUUUACUGUGAAACUUAUAAUAAAACAUUAGGACAAUAAAUGUAUUUAGGAUCUAAUAAAUGUAUAAGAAAUUAACUAUUAUAAUGACGUAACCAAGUAGUGGUCAGAUACGUUGUUUUUGUAUCCCCACAUCGGUUAUAUCUUUCAAAUUAUACUACCAAUUGCUUAACUACAUGUAUGAGUAAGAAAAUGGUAGAAAUGAGGUUUUCCUCACAUUGAGUGAUUAGUUAUAUUUGUGAAUAGGAAGAUUUGUGAAGUUCAUGUGAGGAUGCUU